AUGGCCCAAGGCGCCCCUCCUGAGCUCCCGAACCUGGUCGCAGAAGUGGUCUUCGUCCUUACCUGCACAGCCGGCCAGCUCGUCUUCGCCCUCCUCAUUGGCCAUGUCACAGUAACACAAGCUGUUUUCGGCGCCGCGCUGGGCAUUCCGCCAUCCCAGAUCCCGUGGCUCAUCGGUGCUUUUAUGCUCGCAGCCGGCUUGUCCGUCGUGAUUUCUGGUUCGCUGGCUGACCUGGCGCCGCCGAAACCGCUCAUGGUGGGAGCGUUCCUCUGGGAGGCAGUGUGGAGCGUGGUGGCGGCUGUGGCGAUCAGCCCGCGGCUCAAGAUCCUCUUCUUCGUCUCGAGAGCGAUGCAGGGCCUUGCCGUCGGCGUGCUCGUGUCGGCAUCCAUGAGCAUCCUCGGCCGCGUGUACAGCCCCGGCAUCCGCAAGACAAAAGUCUUCAGCCUGAUGGCGGCGGGCUCGCCGUUCGGGUAUCUUCUGGGCUGUCUGCAGGCUGGGGCCUUGAGCUCGCACCUCCCGUGGAUCUUUGGCAGCACGGCGGUCUUCCUUGCAGUCUGCGCACUCGCGGCUCAGCUCACAAUCCCUUUCCUGCGGCCAGCCAGGGAUAGUCUCCAUACUGAAGCGCCAUCAUUACGCCAGUUCGACUACGCCGGCGCCGCCCUGGCGUCUGUGGGGUGUAGCUUGGUGGUCUUUGGCCUCACGCAGGGUUCCUCGGCGCACUGGAAUCCAUACACGUACUCCUCGAUUAUCCUCGGAGUUCUUAUGCUUGUGGGCUUUUAUUUCUUGGAACAGCGGGUCGCUCGCCCGCUGAUUCCCAAUAAACUCUGGCAGACACCCGGGUUUACUGCCCUUCUCGUUUCGUAUUUUCUGGGCCUUGGAGCGUACUCUGGCGCAUGGCAAUUCUAUGCCAUCCAGUUCUGGCAGCGCUACCAAAACGCCACGCCGCUGACCGCUGCCCUGUACCUCCUCCCCAACGGCAUCGUCGGCGUCUUCGCCGCCUACAUCGUCUCCAAGACUCUGCACGUCGUGCCCACUCAUGUGAUUCUCACCGCCAGCAUGAUCGCCUUUGGCCUCGGCCCCGUCUUCUUCCUCUCGCAAACCCCAACGUCCAAGUACUGGGCGCUAUCCAUGCCAGGCGUGGCCCUUGCGACGUUCGGCCCUGACAUGAGUUUUGCGGCCGCGGCGAUUUUCAUUACGAGUAGUGUGCCGAGGAGCUAUCAGGGCGCGGCGGGAAGCCUGCUGGUCACGGUGCAGAAUCUCACCAUGGCGGUCAUGACCAGUGUCAGCGGGGCAAUCGGCACGAGGGUUGAGACGCUGCCGACGGGGGAGAUUGGGCUGAGUGGUAUCAGGGCAAUCUGGUGGUUUGGGCUGGCGGCGGCGCUGGUAGGGGCGCUGAUUACGGCGACAAUGGUCCGAAUCCCGAGGGCAGAGGAGAAGGAACAUGUGCAGUGA